AGAGAAGUAAAUGCUCUCCACAGUGGGAGGUCCCUCAGCCAGCAGAGUAACUGACUGGCUUUCCUGCUGCCCUCCAGCAUCUUGGCUAAGUUAGCAGGGAAGCCUUUACUUUCAGUUUCAUUUCUGCUGCAGCCUGUGAUGUUCUCAGCAGUGUGUGUGUGGUGGAUUCACAGGGAGAGCAGCAAAGGAGCCAGAGGCUGAAGCAGCUGAGACCUGUUCUUGCACCUGUGGGAUGGGGACCAGAUUCGUCUUGCAGAUUCUUCUAGGUUGGCAAGUUGCCAUGAUCGGAUCCCAAAUGAUAGCUCCCAUUUGUCUGGUGGAAAACCACAAGGACCGGCUGUCUGUGAACCAGAAAGCCAUAGAGAUUCUGGACAAGAUUUCACAGCCAGUGGUAGUUGUGGCUAUUGCUGGAUUGUACCGUACAGGGAAGUCCUACCUGAUGAACCGUCUGUUAGGACAGAAUCAUGGCUUCCCUUUGGGCUCCACUGUGCAGUCUGAAACCAAGGGCAUCUGGAUGUGGUGUGUGCCCCAUCCCACCAAACCAAAGCACACCCUGGUUCUUCUGGAUACUGAGGGCCUGGGCGACGUGGAGAAGGUUGACCCUAUGAAUGACUCGUGGAUCUUCGCCCUGGCUGUGCUUCUGAGCAGCACCUUUGUCUACAACAGCAUGGGCACCAUCAACCACCAGGCCCUGGAGCAGCUGCAUUACGUCACAGAACUCACUGAGCUGAUCAGGGCAAAGUCUUCUCCAAGUCCUGAUGGAAUAAAGAAUUCCACGGAGUUUGUGAGUUUCUUCCCAGACUUCGUCUGGACUGUUCGGGAUUUUACCCUGGAGCUGAAGUUAGAUGGAAAGAACAUCACGGAGGACGAGUACCUGGAGAAUGCACUGAAGUUGAUCCCAGGUGACAAUCCCAGAAUCCAAGCAUCCAAUCUGCCCAGGGAGUGCAUCAGACAUUUCUUCCCUAAACGGAAGUGUUUUGUCUUUGACCGGCCAACAAAUGACAAGGAACUGUUACACAAAAUUGAGACUAUCUCAGAAGACCAACUGGAUCCUAAGUUCCAGGAACAAACGAGGGCUUUUGUUUCUUACAUCUUCACCGAGGCAAAGAUCAAGACACUCAGAGAGGGAAUUAAGGUCACUGGGAGUCGACUGUGGACUCUGGUGACGACCUACGUGGAUGCCAUCAACAGUGGAGCUGUGCCUUGUCUGGAUGAUGCAGUGACAACUCUGGCCCAGCGUGAGAACUCAGCAGCUGUGCAGAAGGCAGCUGAGCACUACAGUGAGCAGAUGGGCCAGCGACUGAGGCUCCCCACAGACACGCUCCAGGAGCUGCUGGGUGUGCACACAGCCUGCGAGAAGGAAGCCAUUGCUGUCUUCAUGGAGCACUCCUUCAAGGACGAAAACCAGCAAUUCCAGAAGAAGCUGCUGGAAUUAAUAGAUGAGAAGAAAAGGAUGUUCAUGUUGAAGAAUGAAGAAGCAUCAGAUCAAUACUGCCAGGAAGACCUGAAUCGGCUUUCAAAGGCUUUCAUGAGGAAUAUAUCAACAUUUUCUGUUCCUGGAGGACACAGGCUCUACAUGGAAAUGAGGGAGAAGAUUGAGCAUGACUAUUGGCAGGUGCCCCGGAAAGGAGUGAAGGCAAGUGAAGUCUUCCAGAAAUUUCUGCAGUCACAGGCCACCAUCGAGAGUUCCAUCCUGCAGGCAGACAGAGCCCUUACUGCUGGCAAGAAGGCCAUUGCAGAGGAGCGGGCCCAGAAGAAGGCAGCAGAGAAGGAACAGGAGCUGCUAAGACAGAAGCAGGAGGAGCAGCAGCAACUGAUGGAGGCUCAAGAAAGAAGUCAUGAGGAAAACCUUGAGCAAUUGAAAACAAACCUGGUGCAGGAGAGAGAGCAACUCAUGAAAGACCAGAAAAUAAUGCUGGAGAAGCAGCUGCAGGACCAAAAGGCUUUGCUUGAGGAAGGAUUUAAGAAACAAUACGAGGAAAUGAAUGGAGAAAUACAGCAAUUGAAAUAUACUAUCAGGAAUAAAAAGAAACAGUGGUUCCAUUUUAGGAUUUCCUAAAGCAAUUUGUGCUCCCUUUCUAUUGGUUGUGGCACUUGUAAAAAGCUUUAUUUAAUAUUUAAAUAGGAUUCACUCUUAUUUUGAUUAAAUGAUGGACCGUGACUAUA